CCUCUUUAGACGCUUCCCCAACCGUCAUUCGCGGGGGAGAAGCGCCAAACUCAAAGUUGAAGACAUUUUUAUUUUUUUUGACAAAAGCCUUGGAUAUUCCAUUUGUUUUAUAUGAAAUUUGGAGUAUGAAGCAAUCAUGACAGAAACACUUUUCAACAAGAGACUGCGUGUACACGUGAAAUGCAAAGAUUGCGAAGAAAGAAGAGCAAAUAUCAGAGUCAGCAUUGAACUUCAACUGACAACAAAUCCGGUUCACAAAAGGGAUCUGCUGGUGAGACUGACCGAUGACACAGAUCCUUACUUUUUGUACAACCUUGCAAUAUCAGAGGAGGAUUUUCAAAGUUUGAAAGUUCAGCAGGGCCUGUUGGUAGACUUUGCGUCCUUUCCUCAGAAGUUCAUAGACCUGCUCAACCAGUGUAUCUCAGAGGAAGACCGGGACCAUCCAAAAUUCUUGCUCCAGUUGUCAUCUCCAUCUUCCCCAGUGUUAGACCACAGCCCUGCCAACCUCAAUGUUGUGGAGACAAAUGCGUUCAAACAUCUUACACACCUAUCUCUGAAGCUGCUACAUGGCACUGAUUUGGAGCUGAAGAAGUACCUGGCGGUUUGUCUGUCCACUGUUAAGGAGGAGAAGCAGCAGUUGGAAAAGAGGCUGACGAAGACUGAAGAUGAUCUGUCCAGACAGCUGAGCUACGCACAACAGACUCUGUCAGAGAAGAGCAGAGAGCUGGACAAGUUGCGGUCAGAGUGGACCAGCCAAACAAGUGCCCUCUCCAGCAGUCACUCUCAGGACCUAACUGCAGAGCGGGAAAAGGCUCUGGAGACGCAGACCAGGCUUCAGCAGCAGAACGAGCAACUGCGCCGGGAGCUGGAGGGAGCCCACACAAAGAGCACCCAGCAGCUGCAGAGCAGGCUGGGCGAGCUGGAGGCCUCCAACAGGGACCUGACGGAGAAAAGAUACAAGAGCGAGUCCAUCAUCCGUGACCUCAAAACGAAACUGGUCGGCCUGGAAGAGGAGUCUCAGCGAGCAAAGCAGCAGAUCCUGUCUCUUCGGAGGGAGAACAGCACCCUAGACACUGAGUGCCACGAGAGGGAGCGUCAGGUGAACCAGUUGCAGACGCGCCUGGCCGUCCUGGAGCAGGAGAUCAAAGACAAGGAUCAGCUUGUGCUACGCACCAAGGAGGUGUUGGAAGCCACUCAGCAACAGAAGAACUCUGUAGAAGGGAACGCUGAAUCAAAACAACUGCAGAUAGGAAAGCUGGAGGCCACAGUGAAAUGCCUGUCUGAGGAACUCAUAAAGGCCAACGGCAUCAUCAAGAAACUGCAGGGAGAACUGAAAGGCCUGGCGGGGAAGAUCAAGAUGAAGAACACUGUGACGGUGUCCCAGGAAAAGGUGCUCCAGGAGACCCAGGAGAGACUACACACAGCCCAGAGAGACCUGCAAGACACGCAGCAGCAGCUCAAGCAUAGAGAGGAGGAGGUGUCCAAACUGAAGGAGCAGUUGGAGGCAUCCAUUCAGAAACUAGACGAAAGCAGAGAAGUGCUGAAAACAAAUGAAAACGUUAUAAUGUGGCUAAACAAACAGCUGAACGAGAACCAGCUAUCCAGGAAGCCAGAGGUUAUUGGAACAUUUGAGACUCCUUCAGCUCUCUCUGCCUCAGCUGGACAGAGGAUGGGCAGUGCUUCUCACAUCAUGCUCGACAGCCGAGCGUUUCCCCCCUCGGCCGGGCAGGGCUACCCCAUCACGUCCACAGGAAACUCCAAACUCUCCUCGCUCCCGUUGUCCAGCCGCUCCGUCUUCUCCCUUCACAGCCAGGGCCCUGGACCCAAGGUCCAGUUUAACCCCAUGAGUGCCAAGUCUGACAUGUCCCCGGGGAAUGUGAGGGACGGCAGCCCCACAGCACCUCACCCCCCCCUGCCCUCCAACAAAGAGAACAGGGAGCCUGCCGGAUUGGAGUCUAAGUACUUUGAGAAGAGGGAGGACAGCAUUCCGCUUCGUGGCCUGUUGUCUGGCAUUCAGCUCAACAAGGCUGUUCCCAGGCCACCACCAGCCAAGCCGGGUCUGCAGUCCCUACCUUCAGCUUACUUCCCUGGCUGAGCUGGAAUGGAGUGAAGAACCAUUGUGAUGUCCACAAGACACGCCAGUAAAUGGACUCUGAAUACACUGGCUUAGCAGGUUGAACUGUAGAAAUAACACCUAACACUUCACCUAUGUUAAUGUUUUAAGCUGUGCUCUUUCCAAGUAUUUAUUAAACAUUAUUUUUAAUAUAACCAAUCAAUCCUAAAUAAGCCACUAGAUCGGUUUGCCAAAAAUGAAGUUUGUUGGUUAAAAGAAAUCACUGUUUUUGCUUGCUGUUAUCAUGGUGUUGUGUGAUCCAACUUGAGUCCUGGAUUGAAUGACUCUUGAGCUGGUAUGACAUUUUUCAGUGUUUCCUCAAGUCAUGCUGCCAUUUCUUUACUUUGUGCAACAAUUGGACAAAGGAUGUCUUUGGGAGGCUAACAGCUCAUUGAACUGUGAACCAACCUUCAUUUGUUACUGAAGUGUUUGCUGUGUAAAAACUGUACAUACUAGUGUAAGAAAUUAAUCAUUAAUGUGUAUAUAUUUAUCUGUAGAUUCAAGUUAAGUUUUCAGAAAAUAAAGUGGUGAAAUCU